CAUAGUGGAUAUGAUAUCUGGAGUAUGAGCUUUAAAUUUCUGGUCUCGGUCCUUUGCCUGAAAAAUGCUUUGUUUGUUUUUCAGUUCAAAGAAGAGAUUUCCAGGCGGUUUAAAGCCAAACAGGAUCAGCUGGUUCUGAUCUUUGCUGGGAAGAUCCUGAAGGAUGGAGACACGUUGAAUCAACAUGGGAUCAAAGAUGGGCUGACUGUACACUUGGUCAUUAAGACUCCGCAGAAGGUCCAAGAUUCAACAUCUGCUGCUUCUGCCCCCAAUGCUGCUUCUGCCCCCACUGCAACCCCUUCUUCUCCUGCUGCCCCAUCUCAGCCUUCCACAUCCAGCAGCGCCGUUUCUGACGCAGGGAGCGGCAGCAGACGGAGCAGUGGGUCAGGGACCAUGGGAGGUCCUGGAGACGGAGGCCCUAACAGUGCUACAUCCAUCCUGUCUGGCUUUGGCGGCAUCACUGGGCUGGGCAACCUUGGGAUGGGCUCUGCCAACUUCAUGGAGCUCCAGCAGCAGAUGCAGCGGCAGCUGAUGUCCAACCCAGAGAUGCUUUCUCAGAUCAUGGAGAAUCCCUUGGUGCAGAACAUGAUGUCUAACCCUGACCUCAUGAGACAGAUGAUCAUGGCCAAUCCCCAGAUGCAGCAGCUCAUGGAGCGAAAUCCGGAGAUAAGCCACAUGCUGAAUAACCCGGAGCUCAUGAGGCAGACAAUGGAAUUGGCCCGUAACCCUGCCAUGAUGCAGGAGAUGAUGCGGAACCAGGACCGUGCUUUGAGUAACCUCGAGAGCAUUCCAGGAGGAUACAACGCCCUGCGCCGGAUGUACACGGACAUCCAGGAGCCCAUGUUUAGUGCAGCCAGGGAGCAGUUUGGCAACAAUCCUUUCUCUUCCUUGACGGGGAAUUCUGAUAGCUCAAGCUCUCAGCCUUUGCGGACGGAGAACAGGGAGCCGUUACCGAACCCCUGGAGCCCCACGCCCCCUGCUUCCCAGAGCCAGGCGCCCAGCAGUGAAGGGAGCACUGGCUCGGCAACCACCCAAAGCACACCGACUGUAUCCAACCCCUUUGGGCUGAAUGCUGCUAGCAUUGGGGCUGGCAUGUUUAACAGCCCAGAGAUGCAAGGACUCCUGCAGCAGAUUUCCGAAAACCCUCAGCUGAUGCAGAACAUGAUUUCUGCCCCUUACAUGCGGAGCAUGAUGCAAACUCUUGCCCAGAACCCGGACUUUGCAGCACAGAUCAUGGUAAAUGUCCCCCUCUUUGCUGGGAAUCCACAGCUUCAAGAACAGCUCCGCCUUCAGCUCCCUGUCUUCCUGCAGCAGAUGCAGAACCCAGACUCCCUCUCCAUUCUCACCAACCCCCGUGCCAUGCAGGCGCUCCUCCAGAUCCAGCAGGGACUCCAGACGCUGCAAACGGAGGCCCCAGGACUAGUGCCAAGCCUCGGCUCCUUCGGCAUGCCUCGAAUGCCCCCGUCCUCCACAGGAGGAAGCACAAUCCCGGAGAACCCCGUUCCCUCCGCUUCGACGCCGGCCAGUGCCUCUCCAGCUGGGGGUGGUAACCCCCAACAGCAGCUCAUGCAGCAGAUGAUCCAGCUGCUGGCCGGAGGAAGCUCUCAAGCGCAGAGUCCUGAAGUGCGAUUCCAACAGCAGCUGGAGCAGCUGAACGCCAUGGGCUUCAUUAAUCGUGAGGCCAACCUCCAGGCACUUAUUGCCACUGGUGGAGACAUCAAUGCAGCUAUUGAGAGACUGCUGGGCUCCCAGCCUUCCUAAACUCUUGUCAUGCUGCCCCACAGACAUCAGCACAUGCAUCCAUACACAUGCACAGGGGGAUCUUUCAGGAAAGCCCACCAUCAUUUUCAUAUCUGACAGCUGUCCAUGUAUUUAAAACAAAAAGAUACAGCUUAACCCCUGACCUUCCUACUAAGUUAAGAUUUCAUGUUGAAAUGCUCUUUAACUGGCUUGUAUGUGGAUUCCAGUUCUCAUCGUGGCCACAGAGACUUCAGAUGUGUAUUUUUUCCUAAAUAUGCCCUCUGUCUCAGACACUCUUCUCUCUCUCUCUAGAUGGUAGAGGCGAUACUUCUAGUUACUUACCUGAAUGAUUGUGUUUUGAGUAGCUUGAUUUUAACUGUACAUGAUUCCCUCCCCUAGCCCUCCUUUCAGGCAAAUAUUUAAAACUUGAGCCAAGUUUGGGUUUUGGUUAUUUCUCCCAGCAUCUUAUUGGGAAUGGAUCAAAAGAAAAAUUGAAAUGACCUGGAAAUUUCUGAUGUCAUUUGUCUUAAUGUUCCAUUGGAUGAACUGAGCCUGUGUCCCUUGCACGCAGGUGCCUCUUAUCUCCUGGUAGAGGGUUGAUGUGCAUGAAAACUACAUUUGAAGUAUGGCCUCUUUACGCUCUUGGGAUGGUGUAAAGGAGCCUAGAUGCCUUCAGGGAUCAGGCUUGCUGUUCUUGAACUUGAGUUGAAAGUGCCGUGCAGAAGAACGUGUUCAAAAGGUGCGUUUCUGCCCAAGCAAUUUAGUUCUGGCGCAGUAGUGGCAGGGGUUUGUUGACUCUUGUGCUCCGUAGGUUCGUUCCUGAACGUGUAAAAACAAAAAAGGAAGUUGAAAAAUAAGUUAACGAUCUUUUCGCUUCACUGGAAAAUGUUGAAGUUCAUGUUCUUCCCAGUUUAGAUCCAUCCUCCAUGCCCCCCCCCCCCUCCAUUUUGGUGUGUUUGAAUGUUAUGACUCUCCAAGAAGCUCCCCGAGGACCAGCAGGGUGAUAUUUUCCCAAGAGCCUCCAUGGCUGUGUAAUUUGCAUACCAUUUUUAUCAAAGAGAAAUAAAUGCGCACAACCAUCUG